CAACCAAUCAGAGCUGCACUUUCUCCAUUUCCUGUUGUGGACUGGAGUUUGGUAGAGCGUUCCUCUGGUCCAGAAUAAGAAUUAAACACCACUGCAGGAAUGUGCAGGAAUGACUUAACCAUACCUCUCCACAGGUGUUGCUCAUGACACAGCCUCAUAUGUAAGAUUGUUGUGUCCUAACGUGGGCCUCAGAAACGGCAGGUAUCGGCUGUUACACCUGAUGCCAUGACACGUCUGUUGAUAUUCCCUUGACAACCGAGGAUCGGAUCGGAUAUCCCACCUAUAAACAGGGGCCAUCAUGCCCAUCUCCAUGCUAUGGGCCGUGGACGUGUACGGCAGGGUGUACAGCCUCUCCACAGCCGGACAGCGCUGGGUGCGAGCAGAUGACACGCUGCUGGAGCUGAAGCGGGUCACCUCGGGGAAGGAUCGUUGCUGGGGCAUCGGCUGUGACCACCAUGUUUACCUCAACAUAACACCCAGUGAGAACACCAUCCGCUACAGAGAGGAGACCUAUGAAAACCAGAGGUGGAACCCUGUGGACAGCUUCACUGACACUCUGCUGCCCACUGAUCGCUGGCCAUGGAGUGACGUGACUGGGAUGAAUCCUCAGCCGCUCCACAGCUUUCAGCUUUCCUCUCGCAGCUGGGAGUGGGAGGGAGACUGGUAUGUGGACCAGAGCUGUGGUGAACCAAGCCAGACCGGGGGCUGGGAGUAUGCUGUCGAUUUCCCAGCAAACUUCUCCCCUGACAAAAAGUGGAACUCAUGCGUCCGUCGAAGGCGCUGGAUACGCUACAGGAGAUAUGUAGCACAAGGAACCUGGGCCAAGAUCCCACUGGAUAACCCCAGGAAGCCCCCACUGCCUCUCUGUGACAUCAGCUGUGGUGGGUGGGAGAUGAGCGACCAGUCUGGAAGGUAUCCCUAUCUGUGGGGCGUGUCUCAGCAAGGAGAGGUGUGGUUCAGGGAGGGCAUCCACCCUCGGGUCCCAGAGGGCUCCUGUUGGGAGGAAGUAGAAGUGCACAAAGAGGUGUCUCAACUGUCAGCUGGCCCCGGAGACCUGCUGUGGGCUUUACUCUGGGAUGGGAACCUGCUGGUCCGUACAGGUCUGACCCUGGACAGCCCGACUGGUACAACAUGGGUAGAGGUGGAGUCACCAGUGAAGGAGGUUGAAGCUCUUCAUGUGGCUGUUGGGGUCAGUGUGGUGUGGUUGGUCACUAAAGACUACAAGGUGUGGUUUAGGCGCGGUGUGAACUCCCACAACCCCUGUGGCUCCGGUUGGAUCAGCAUUGGAGGGGAGAUGAUGAUGGUGGAUGUAGGACUCAAUGACCAGGUGUGGGCGGUAGGUGAGGACCGUGGGCUGUACUUCAGAAUGGGCGUGACCCCGUCUGAACCCAGCGGCAGCGGCUGGAUCCCCGUCUCUGCCCAGUGGGGGAACAGUAAAAAGGCUAUUCCACCCAGGAGUGAUUGUGAGUUUAACGCCCGUCUUACUGAGGCCUCACAGGGCUCAGUUAUGAGCUGCACAGACUCAGACUCAGAGAUAGGCCCUCCUGACCCACAAAACAGCACUAAUAACACGCCGGUCCUGGAGGCAGCAGCUCCCUCUGUAGUCCCUCUCGGGGCAGCUGACACACCAUCACCUCCGCUGACUGCAGAGGACACCUCCUCAGCCCCCAACCGGGACGCCCCCAAACCUUUCAUCCCCGCCAGUGACAGCUUCAUCAACAGCCUUGUGUCGGACCGAGACAAAGCCUCCACGCCGCAACCGUCCAUCACAGAGGCGCCGCAAGAGGUCGACGAGGAGCUGUCCACGGCUCCUGUGCUCCUGACUCCUGAGGCUGCAGGACAAGACGUCCCCUGGAUGAACGUGGAUCUGGAGGGAGCAGAGGCGGCUCGCAGCGCACACUCAGCACAGCUGUCAUCAGGUGAUGCUGGUGCUGCUGCCACCUACGCCCUCGGGGCUCUGGAGACCUCUCAAGGUGUGGGUGAAGAGGACGGGCCGGUGUGGGCUUGGAUCUCUGGAGGAGGGUGUGAUGUGGAUGCAGAAUCACAAAUCAGCUGGCUUAGUCCCACAGGUCCUCUCACCAGCUCCUUGUCACUGACUCCCGUUCAGUCAGCAGCCUGGAGCGAGCAGCAGCAGCAGCAGCAGGAGCACAAAGAGGAGAUCAGCAAGAAACCACUGGAGAGGAGCAACUCUGUGUGGGUGCGUAAAGGCUCUCUGCGCUGGUGGAGAGACUGGAAGCCUCAGCGCUGGGUGGAUGUGGGUGUAGCUCUUGAGCAGUCUACCAAACCUGAUGGCAAAAAGGACAGCAUCUUCUUUGUCUACUACACACAGUAUGAUGAGAAAAAGUACCUCCAUGUGUUUAUAAAUGAAGUGACAGCGCUGGUUCCAGUGCUCAGGGACUGCCACUAUGCCUUUGCUGUGUACACGGCCCAAAGGACCAAACAGAGGUGGCCUCUGGUGCUGGCAGCAAACACUGAGAGGGACAUGAGCGAAUGGCUGAGCCUGUUGUCUGACUGUUGCUGUGAGUGUCGAGGGAUCACAGGUCCUCCCUCCAGACAUGCCUUGUGGUCCACAACCUCAAAGGGAGACGUCAUGGUCCACGAGCCGUCCUUCUCGUUAGAGGCUCCUGCACAGACACCAGCCUGUGACCUCAUGUUCUGGCGGCAGGUCCCAGGUCACCUGCGCUGUGUAGAGUCUAACAGUCUGGGGCUGGUGUGGGGCGUCGGGUGGGACGGCACUGCCUGGGUGUACAGCGGGCGCUUUGGGCAUCAGCCCACCCAGGGAGACGCGGUUGAGUUGCACCAGCAGACUGACGUCAGAAGCAUUCAUGUGUAUGAGAAUCAAAGAUGGAACCCUAUGACAGGAUACACAGACAAAGGACUUCCCACGGAUCGCCCUAUGUGGAGCGAUGAGAGCGGCCUGAAGGAGUGCACCAAAGGAAACACACACCCACCCUCCCCUCAGUGGUCCUGGGUGUCAGAGUGGGCCCUGGACUACAAUGUCCCUGGAGGGACAGACAACGAGGGCUGGCAGUAUGCUGCAGACUUCCCCGUGACAUUUCACGGCCACAAAACCAUGAAAGACUUUGUCAGGCGCAGAAGAUGGAGCAGGAAGUGUAAGAUCACACUCAGAGGUCCAUGGCUCCAGGUCCCACCCAUCCCUCUGAGUGACAUCUCUGUAAUGCCGUGCCUGGCGCAGAGCAGGAUGGAGCAGGUCCCCGUCUGGGCCCUCAGUGACAAGGGAGACGUUCUGUGUCGCCUGGGAGUCAGCCGCCAAAACCCUGCUGGAAGCUCCUGGCUGCAUGUGGGCACAGACCAGCCUUUUAAGUCCAUCUCCAUCGGUGGAGCCAACCAGGUUUGGGCCAUCGCCAAGGAUGGAGCCGUGUUCUACAGAGGAUCUGUUUCCCCAGAAAACCCUGCAGGAGAAUGCUGGUACCACAUCCCGUCCCCACUCAAGCAGACUCUCAGACAGCUGUCUGUCGGGAGGACUUCAGUUUUUGCCGUAGAUGAAAACAGUAAUCUGUGGUACAGACAGGGCCUCACCCCCAGCUACCCUCAAGGCUCUGCCUGGGAACUCAUCUCCAACAACGUCACCAAGGUGACUGUGGGACCACUGGACCAGGUGUGGAUUGUAGCAGAUGGAGUUCCAAGCUUCCCCUGUGAGACCCCUGGAGCGGUUUGCCACAGACUGGGGUUGGGACCCAUGCAACCUAAGGGCCAGGGCUGGGACUACGGAAUCGGGGGAGGCUGGGAGCACAUCAGUGUCAGGGGCAACUCAGCAGAAGCUCCUCGCGUCCCCCAUCCUCCUCCUGCAGGAUCCCCACGCAGCCCGCUCCCCCCGCGGCCCCCUACACAAGUCAACGGCCCUUAUCCCUUCUUGGAAAGGGAAUGCACAAACCACAGAGUUCAUAAUGAGAACGAAGGUUGGAAUUGAUCGAUGGAUGAAUGUUUGUUCCUGGCGUGUUUUCCAGGCAGAGAUCUUGUCAGUAUGAAAUUAUGGCUUAAGAUGAAAAGGGAGCACAAGAGCAUUUAAGUAGAAGCAUCCAGAUUUUUUUGUGGGAUUAAAAAUAAAGAAAGAGUGCAUGUGUUUGCUCUUACCAGACUUUGGUUACUGGGUGUUUGGGACCUAGCAAUAGCUUUUAUUCUAUUCAAGAAUAUCCUGUGAAACCCUGAGCGGGCAGGACUUUGAUAAAGGGCUAAGGCUCGGGUACCAAACUUACUUCAAACUCACAAAUCCACUGUAGCCUAAACUGUCUCGUUUCUAGAGUCUUGUUUGUUUGAUUUUGCUUGUCAGACAUUUGCAUGUGAUUUUAUUUAUUUAUUUAUUCAUUUAUUUAUUUAUUUAUAAUUGAUGUAUUAUGCAUUUGUUGAGUUUUCUUUCUCCAUAUCUUUUGGCCUGUUACAAUAUGUUUGGGAUGGAGUGUUUUUUUUUCGCCCAUAUUGCUACAAUAAGCCUUCUUAUUACUGAAGGUUUUUUUCUUUUUUCUUUUUUCAACAACAACUGGCACAAUUUGAGAUCUCCAUUUUUCAGGACAUUAAAAUGCUUUUUAACCACAAGUGAUGGGAGAGACAAAGAUGAGUCUACAUUUCCAGAAGGUACCUCUCUAUCCGCCUGCAAUAAGGAAAAGUUUUUUCUGUUGUGUUUUAUCCAUCUGUCAUGAAACGACUGUGACUGUUGAAGGUAUGAGACUCACCAGAGCUCGACAUUCAUCCUACCAGGGCAUUGAAAAGUGAAAUAAAAGUCUAAAACCAAA